AUGCCUCUCGUCAAUGUCACCUCUGUCGCGGCCGUCCUCCUACUCCUCUAUCUAUCCUCCUUUAUCCUACUCGCGAUUCUGCGGAUUGCGACCGGCAUAUCAAUUCAGCGCAUUGGCUACUUUAGCUUGAGGCACAUUUCAUACACUCCAAAAGAAGGACUGAGAAUAGAUCUGCGAGGUGUUGGAUUGAGUUUGCGCAGGCCUACUUUCGCCCAACCGGCAUGGGUCAGUAUUGUGUUCGAAGAUUUGAAGGUCACCAUCGAUCCGACGGCGCUAGAAAACACAUCUGCAAAGGCAGACUCACAGCACAUGACCAAAGGGAAGCUGGAGGAAGAUGCAGACCCGCGCCGGCAUAAUGGACGCAAAAGCCAGCUUUGGAAGAGGUUGACCAACAUUAAAGAACACAUCAAACGCCUGCACCGCAAAAUCCACCUGCUGCGGAUGUUUGAUGUCAGCGCCUACAAUACAUCUGCGGAGAUUGCGGGCGUCGGCUACGUCCAGAUUUCAACCUUCACAGCGGCUGUUUACACCAGACGGAAACUCCUUGAUCGCGGACGACUGUUCAGACACAAGAAGGAUCCUCUAGGAGACCAGAAGCCUGCGGAAUGGGUUUUUACAGUCAAGAGCAUCCAGAUGGGCGUUGGUGGCCGUGAUCCGAUAGAGAUCCUCGAUGCGCUAACAAUCAACGUGCAUGGGCUGCUUUACAAGGACCGGGAAGGCCUCCGGGACACUUCGAUCGCGAUCAAAGGCGGCCGAGUCUACGUGCCUGUCGAUGAGCUGAUUCAUUUCUCACGGAAGGGCAGAAGGAUGACAAGGCCAUACGAACAGUAUGACGUACUAAGUCCGAUCGAUGAGAUUUCCUUUGAGGAUGUCGCAGAAGAAUUGGACAGUCCCGGAAGUCGUGAGGCUGCUAUCGUGCAGACAGUGGCAGACUCAAAAGAGUUCUUGCGUUCUGCCCUUCAGAGCGUCCAGGAAAUCCAGGUCGGCAUGAGCUUUGUGCGCAUAUCGAAAGAGAUUGUGUCACUCAGGCAAGCCAAUCUUCCCUUGGUCGCCAACGUCGUCAUUCACGAAAUUGGCAUUGACCUGCAUAGGCUUGAACAAAACUCGCCUGCUCAUCGUAUGUAUUUCCAAAGGGAAGACACCGCUCACCAAGCCUUGCUUGCCGCCCUGUCGAUUUCUGUCAGCCUUGAUGAAGACGAUGCCACCCCGAACAGGAUCAUGUACAUACCCAUGGCUACGACGACGAUCAGGACGACUCUACCAGCCAAGACUAUGAGUUUCUCGCAGGACCGGGACGUCGCUGAAAGGAACACUAAUAUCCUGUUCGCCAAUCUUGUCGUCACUUCACCAUCGCUCGACUUGGCUCCACAGCACCUCAUGAAAUUGCUGGCUCUCACUCAGGAAACUCCCGACUCUCAUGCUCAAGCUCCUUCUCGUAAUCACCACCGUCUCAUCUCAAGAUUGCUUCCCAAAGCUAGCAUCAAGUUUUCAAUCCAUGAACCUGUGCUCAGAUUUGUGUUGCCCGUCGCAAAUCCUGCCAACGCCGGCCCAGGCGAGUACGACAUGAUUAUCUCCUCCAUUUCUUCCAUCUCUCUGGACGUCGAAUCCUCCCACUCAGCAGGAGGAGAGCUGUUGUAUUCUCUUGGUUCAAGCUUCCGCGUUCUAUCACACAGAUUGUAUUAUCAAGCUUCUACAGGCACGACACACAACUUAAUCAUUACCGAAGCCUUGGAACUCAAGGUCCAACUCACUGCGUCAACGCAUGUUUCCGUCAUACUCCAAGGAAAUUUGCGGACUUUCUCCAUUCUCAUGGUUCGAGAAGAAGUAAGCAAGGCAAUCUAUAACAUAGUGAGGCACUUUAAACGCCAUGCUCCUGAAGAUAAAGCGGCCGUCCCAAAGUCGCCAUCUACCGCCUUCUUGCGGAAACUUCCUGCUUGGCUUAUUGAGGCGAGCUUCGAAGGUUCUGGUUGCAGUCUCGAGGUUGCGGGUGUCGACUCUAGCGUCUCUGCCCAGACACGAGGUGUUGCCUUUGAGCUUGAAUCCUGGUCAGCGCACUACACAUCGGCAAAAUCAGAUUCAGGACGAAAGACGAAAGGACGGAAAGUUAGUACCUCAGUCCGCUAUGAGGAAACAUUUUCAGGGGGCAAAAGCGUUUCCCCAUCCCAUCCCCAGCAGAAGCAUCACCCUAGUGAUCCCACGGAUGGAAGGCGACUCGCAUGCCAUGUCAAGGGCUUUGACGGCUUCAUCAUUGAAUCUCUUGAUAGGUGGGAACCGACGCCAUUCAUGUCUAUCCCAAGAUUUGAGACUGCUUUCAGCACAUCAAGCGAUCAGCAAGGACCAUUGUUCCACAUUCACUCCACCAUUCGUGCAUUCUAUCUAGACUUCUCGCUUUACAGAUUCUACUCGAUAGGGGUUGCAGGUUUCGUUGUGAAAGAAGCGUUUCUGGGACCGGUCCCGAUCAAACAAGAUCUGGAUCACCACCCGAAAACAGCAGAUCACCACAUUGUUCAUGGACAUCUGCCAGUGCCUUUGGAUGCAGAACUUUUUGCCAUCGACGUGAAGGCGCAUUACGUUCAAGUCAAAGCUGAUAUGCCGCAUGACCCGCCAAUGCUGCUGCAGAUCUACCAAGUCUCAGGGGGGCGACACAGAUGGUCCGCCCCUUUCAUUAAAGCCGAACUUGUUCGUUUACAUGCGGAAGCACCACACCUCAGACGGAUCUGGGCACGUGUUGUCAGCAUCAGCAAUGUCAGGGUGGAUCUACGCCACACCAAGAAGAAGACGCAGCACGGCACGAUGGAAGAAAAGACCAUCGACGUCUCAACCGACUUCAUUCGUUUAGCGGUGCCUCACGGGCUGCAAAUGUACCGGGUUUUUGACAACUUCAUCAAUACUUCGAAGGCCAUACAACAGCUACAACACCGGUUCCAGACGCGGUCAAACGAAUAUGUACUGGCUAAACAUCCUGUCUCUCCUGUCAAAGUUCCUCGGAUCUCAGUUCGGUCCAAAGCCCUUUGUUUCGAGCUGGAAGAUGACCCGUUCGAAUGGAAACUUGGUGUGAUCUAUCACGUUGGCCGCAUCGAGCAGAAGCAACGCCUUGCCCGUGAAGAUGCCUUCCGCUUGAAGGUUAAGCGAAUGAAUGACGAGAGGCGACCUCGGUCGUCGUCCCGACUGCGAACCCAGUCAGCCCACUCGAGUCGCCGUGGCUCUCCGAACGCUCCUCAUGAUGGUGAGCAUCACCGGCGGUCCCGUAGUGUUGAUGCCACCCCGAGAAAACGAUCGACAUCUCGGGGAAGGCGAGGCAGAGAAUCGCAUCGAAUUCGGUACGAUCGUGAAGGUGUUUGUUCGUUGACAACCCAUGCCAAGAUCGAAGCGAGCGAGGCAUGGGACAAGCUUCAGGAGCACAAUUCCCGGAGCUGGAAAAGACGGAUAGACUGGAUGCUUCGUCUGCAGAAUAACACCGUGAAGAGCAUCAGACAGCUGUUCAUGGGCGCAGAUGAACCCCCUCACGAUGACCAUGAGACCGAGACAAUUCUUGGCAUUCCAAAUCGUCCUGGCUUGAUGACCUUGAUCAUCAGCGACCUGCACCUCAUCAUUGACAAGCCCUCUUUUCCGGAAGCUGACCUGCCCAAGUUCCUCCAUGAGAUUGGAAAAGGCAUGCCGUACGACAUGAAGUAUGGACUGCUUAUACCCACAAGCCUCAGUCUUGACAUGGGAGAGGCGCGCGUUUUCCUCCGAGAUUAUCCCCUCAACCUUCUCCAUAUUCCCGCCAUACGUCCUGGACAGCCUGCUCGCUUGCCAAGCUGGUCUCUCAGAACAGACUUUGUGAUUGCAGAAGAAUUUCGAGAUGAAAAAUCUAUCAAGCAUGUUAAAGUCGAGGUUGUCCCAAAAGGGCAGCAUGGAACACAUGGAGAAGAAAUCCCUGCCUUUGCCAUUGACGUCAGAAGAACGGUGGCGCCAGUCAAGACGUAUUCCAAGCCUGUCAUCGAUAUCAACACCAGCCUGCCAACCACCAUUUCCUGGGGCACUUCAUACCAACCCGUAAUACAAGACAUGAUGAUGAUCAUCGAGAGCUUCACGAAGCCUGAAAUCGACCCUUCCGAAAGGGUCGGCUUCUGGGAUAAGAUUCGGCUGAGCUUUCACUCGCGGCUUGUUGUAAAUUGGAAAGGGGACGGAGAUGUUCAACUUCGACUCAAGGGCACGAGGGAUCCGUAUAUUGUCACUGGAUACGGUGCUGGUUUUGCGAUGUGUUGGCGGAACGACGUGCAAUGGUUGAUACACCAGGUCGAUGACCCACGCGAGUUCAUGACAGUGAAAAGUGGCGAAUUCAUAUUGGCCAUCCCCGACUACAGCCACGAGGCCCGCAAUACACCGGAGCAGAGAGCAAGCAAAGAUUCAGACAGCAUGUCUAGCACCAUUUCUACGAAAAAUAGCGCCAUCUUCAAAAAGGUCAUCAUGAAAUUAUCCGGGAAUGUUCAAUGGACUGCUGGUCUAGUCUUUGAACGCGAUUUGCCGGGCGGGAGCCGCACUUCAGAAUCUAGACAUCACUAUGAUGUGGUGCUGAGGAAUCCCCUCUUCCUCCAAGACGUCGAUUUGAAUUCCUAUGAUGCGUUCAGUGGCUUCCGCAGUAAUCACGUCCAUCUCUCCCUGGCCGUUGCUGCACCGUAUGACAAGAAUUGGGUCGGUGCUGAUUCGGCGCCCUCGGAAAGCUACAACAGCGUCCAUCUGAGUCCAAAAUUCUUUUCUCACUUCUUCAGUUGGUGGUCGACGUUCUCUGGCGUGAUGUCACUGCCAGUUAGACAAGGUACGCUAUGGAGAGGGCAGGGCCAGACUAGCAAGAAAUUUGGACGACAUCUUGCGACGAUCAAGUACAACCUGCUUUUAUCCCCGCUCUUCAUUUCACACGUCUACAAGCACAAGGAUGCUGAGGACUACCAGGCUGAUGUUGUCUCUGCAACUGGCUUGAAAAUCAAAAUUGAUAGCUUCAUGCUGGAUCUACAUCAACGCCGGGAGUAUUUCAAUACCAUGGCAAAAGUGCGGGCAAAACAGAUGAGGACCAGCGGCAUGAAGAUCUAUAAAACUGAACUCGACUUUGUACGCGCUGACUUGAGGGCUGUUGCUGCACUCAUUGCAGGGACAACGGCGGAGGACAUUCAAAAUGCAAGCGAUGAAACGCUAUCCUCCUUACAAGAAGUGCCUGCCAACAUCGACUUGUCCCAAUUCACCAUCCCAGAUCAAGACCUGUCAUGGAUUGAUAUGGACGACUUUGUGGAAUUGGAUUGGGUGUUACCUGCAGAGUCGAACCCCGAAACCAAGAUCUUGCCACUGGCUUUCACUCCGCGUUUCACUUACUUUCGACAGACCGAUCAUGGAGGCGCCAUUCAAGGAGACGAGUCCCGUACCAGUCCGUUUGGCGACGAGGACACUCAUUUUUGCGUGAUGGGUCGUGACAAUAACCCGAGAAAGGUCCAGAUGAAUCUCAUCGAAACUAGGCUGCACGAUCUGGAAGACAGACUUCAAACCCAUGUGCGCAUUAUGAACGAGCACGAACUUCUGCUGGUCAGGGAAGGAGAUCACGACAAGGCGAUCCGAGAUAGGCAUGAGCUUCUCAUCGCACAACAGAAGGAGUUAGAAAGCAAACGACGAUUCCUACAGCAUGGACUCCGACGUUUAGUAGGCCAUGCGAACCCCGGCGAAGCUCAGCCAGUCGAAAAUACUCCGCAACCAAAUGGAGACGUAACGAAGUCUACGCCUGACUUGGAAGGGCAGUCACCAGGCACGCCUCAAAUGGAUAUGGACGGGUUGUACUCGGCUCCCCACGACGAGUUCGCCAGUGAUUUCAACAACCGCUUCAUCAUCCAUAAUGUUCAGUUGAAAUGGAACAACUCAUUGAGGAACAUCAUCCUUCGUUACAGCCAUCAAGUCAGCCAACGGCGAGGCUUUGUGUACUACAUGUCACGCCGCGCGGUUAAAUUCAUUCUCGACAUUGUUGACGAGCAAGCGAAGGCAAAAGAGGAGCGCCGCAGACAAGAGAGGAAGAACCAACCACCAGUUCCGCCUACGCCGAGUGUCAUUUCUCCAAGUGAGGAGAAAGAUGAAGACUCGGUGAUAGAAGACCGGAUCAACCAGCUUCUGAAUGAUGCGAAACGGUUUGUCCAAAUCCCUGAAGCAGAUGCGGAUGAAAAGCGCACGUCACCUGGGGCCGACUACGACGAUAUCGAGAGGCGACCGUCGACUGCUGAUCUUGGUGACAAGAUUGCAGAAAACUUCCAGCCGAUGAACAGCUACCACCUACGUCUAAUCGCCCCCCAGAUACAACUUCAAAGUGAGAAAAACACGAAGGCUAUCGUGCUCAUAUCCGCCAAAGGAAUGCAGCUGAAAGUUGUAUCAAUCAUGGACAAGGCUCGCAUGUCGGACGACGUCAGUGGGCUUGUUCAGCGUCGCUUCGCACUUGAUAUGGACGGAGCACAAUUCUUUGUAGCCACGCAAAAGACGCUGGCCAGGUAUCUCCACCUCUACUCCGGCAACAGAUAUGGCAAUACCCCUGGAUCCUCGUGGCCACCCUGGGUUUCACUUGAAGCUAUGUUCGAUUUCCACCUAGAACCGUUCGGUUUCCAGAGAGUGAUUCAGAAGACUUCCGCCAGUCUUCGGUACGAGAAGUACAAUCCUCUUCGACUCAAAUACAACGAGGAGGUUGAGAGUAACGAAAAUGGUGAACCGAAUGAUGCAGCACGCAGAGAACACCGGAUUGAUCAGUUGUGGGUCGACUUUCCCCGGAUCCGUGCUCGGUGCGACUCGACUCAGUACUACGCGAUGUAUAUCAUAGUUCUCGACUUGCUGCUAUACAGCGAGCCUUUGGAGAAGACAAGAAGCGAACGACUGGAGAAAAUCAUGCUCGCAUCUGACUUCAGUGAUUUGCGAGGGGCUCCAGAGAUGGCCGAAAGCCUCCAAGAACGCAUCCGACAACUGGAGGACAUCAAACUUCAUUUCCAGAUCCAUGCCAAAUAUCUCGACAAGCAAGGCUGGCAAGAUCGGAUCAAUCUUGAGAAGGACCUUGCCAGUUGUGAAGACGAAUUGUUCUUUAUAAUGAAAGCCAUCAAUACUUCACAACAAAAGAGUGAGGACCGGAAAGCUUCUCAAUCAAGCGGUCUCCUACGGUGGUAUCUCAGUGCCUCGGAAAUUGUCUGGCACCUUAUGCGUGACAAGGACGAACCUCUACUCGAGUUCCAAUUAGGCAAUGCUGCAUAUGAGCGAAUUGACAAUACGGACGGUUCUAAUCACAAUGCCCUGGAAGUGGAACACAUCAGAGGCUGGAACCUCCUACCCAAUGCACUGUAUCCGGAAAUCAUUGGACCCUACUACGAAGCAUCGGACAAAGACAGACGACAUAGCAUCAUGGAGUCCCAGAAGAUGCUCCAGGUCCACUGGUACAUGCUUGAAGCCAUUGCCGGUAUCCCCGUCCUGGAACGCUUCCAGGUCACCGUGUUCCCGCUAAAAGUGCAGCUCGAACGUGAGCUUGGCAAAAAGCUCUUCGAAUAUAUUUUCCCGGGCGUGGGAUCGAACGCCUUCGAGAAUGGCAAUUUCUCUCCGCUCAUGGUCAAGAACAUGGAGCCCACGGAUGACGGAGACGAUCAAGAAUUUGUGGAAGCACACAGUGCGUUAAUGUCGGAGCAGGAUCUUCAAAGCCCUAGCCCGGAAAAGACUCGCAAUACUUCACCAGGUGCUGUGGCAAGAAGAUUGAAACCCACAUACGGCCUUGAUUAUGACGAGAAGCAAAAGGACUCAGCCUCCCACGGCAAGAAUAGAGGUCUCGGUAUCUCGGGGGAUCACCACAAAUUCUUCAAGCACUUCAACAAAUCCGAGGCUCGCUCUGCAUUGAAGGAACCAACGCGCAAAGGAUCUUCGACCAGCCUGAGAUCGGCAAAGAAAAAUGAUAUGUCGUCCACCAGUCUCGUUGCCCUUGGUAACAGCGACGGCGGAACAGAGAGAAAGCGUUUUCCGAUACAUCGGACAGCGAGCAAAGAACGUGGGCUCACGGGCAAGAAAGACAAAAAGGACAAGACCAGCACACCCAAUGACGACCUCUCGCAAAUGAUGUCUCGUGCGUCCAAUUACAUGACACUCGCGCACAUCAAACUCAACAGCUUUGUCGUCUGCCUCUCGUAUAAGGGCAAAUCCGAUCGUAACUUCGAGGAUCUCCACGACUUUGUGUUCCGUAUGCCGACGCUCGAGUAUCGGAAUAAGACGUGGUCAAACUUGGAUCUUGCGCUCAGGUUGAAGAAGGAUGUGAUCAGGGCAUUGAUCAGCCAUACCGGAGCGAUCAUUGGGAACAAAUUCUCCCAUCACAGACCUAGUAAAAAGCAGGUCGAACGACUCAAGGAGAUCGCCCACUCAAGCACGAUUGCGAAUUCGGACAUCAACCUUCAACUCUCGGGAACAUCGGAGACAACAAGUCUGUAUAGUUUUUCGCAGGAUGGAAGGGAUGAUGACUUUGAGUCCUCGGGUAUAUCAUUCCAGUCGCCCCCCGGAACGAAUGGGCAUCACAAGGGAAGCGCUUUCCAUGGGCCCAGCCCCUUACUGCGCAGCGGCUCGUGGUCGUCGAGCGUCAAUCCACCAACUUUGGGAGCGACUGGGAGUGGGACUCUCACAACGAACACGCCACGUUCGGUCCCCGGCACUGCUGGCGGAGGAAGCGUUGGUGGGAGUGGAAUCAUCGGUAGCACAUCUUCCUUUUUCUCGAGACCGCGAUCUGCACAUCCGAGCUCCGCAACCGACUCCAGUCCGAACCUCAACAGCCCCAACAAUUCACCUUCGUCUCCAAGCAGAAGUCUCCUGAAGGACACGAUUGGGAGACAUUUCUCUGGGGACACGGUCAAGGGAAGAGUGCAUUUUGGCGGACUUUCGUUGAUCAAGAGUGAGAGUCACUCGCACCGGGAGAGAAGCGACAGUCACGGCAGCCAUACCCCUAGCACAAGAGAGAAGGAAAGAGAUGCUGGUGGAAACGAAGAAGGUUCGGCCGGAGGUGUUACCAGUGGGACUACUGGAGGUGCUAGCGGGUUGAGCACAGACAGUGACGCGGAGACCAACAAAAGAAAGAGUGUAUUGAUGUUGGGCAAAAAGGUGUUGAACCGGUUGAGCUAG